AUGACCUACGAAGGCUCUGCCAUCAACCGCUUAAAAACAUUUGCAAUCUCUGUGCACCUUGCAGUGUACAAUGCAGAAAACUGCACGCUUCAACUGCAUCCCAUCUGCAGCCAUUACCAAACUGGGGCCUCUCAAGCUGUUGGUGCCCUUUCUUGUGGCGACCCUAGCCGAGUGACUGUGGUCAUGCUGGAGCACCACCGUGAUUGUCAGCUCCCGCCAAAGCAGGGAUCUUCUCUACAACAGCAGAGAGGCCCAACGAAAAUGCCACCGAGUACAUUACUGUGGACUGUGGACGCACUGUAACUCUAACCUCUGACAGGGCCGAAACCGUCGUCAUUUCUUGUGUCAACAAGUCUAUGUCGUUUAAGAUGGACACACGUAAGUACUCCUCACUUCUUUUCCAUUCUCCCUCCCUCCUCCUGUCUGUCAAUCUAUAUGUUUAGUUAUCUAUCUAACAAUCUUGCACUUUAUCUAUCUAUGUAUCUAUCUAUCUAUCUAUCGUUCUAUCCAUCAGUCUAUGAAUCGGUCGCUUUAUC